GAAAAAGAGGGGAGAGAGGAGAGAGGGGGGAGGCAGAAUGGCAGCCGUACAGUGCACCAAAUGCACUGCCGAAAGGAAAUGUUUUCGGCGGGAACUUGAUUCUUGGAGACACAGGCUGAUACAUUGCGUUGGGUUUGAAAGUAUUCUGGAGGGGAUCUAUGGCCCUCUGCUGCUGAGAGACCUCAGUUUAUUUGAUGAUUCUGUAUUGUGGACCUACGUUGGAAGCUGCGUGAUCCUUCCUGGAAAAUUGCGAAUGCAUGAUCAUGGGUCCUUUUGUCUUUCAGACUGUGAACCCAACGAGGUGGAUGACUGGUCCCCUGAAGCGAGCUGUUCAUUCUGCAGCCUUCCCCUGGACAAACUCAGUGAUCAAGUUCAUGCAGGCACUUCGCCGCUAUCUUCCCCCUCCGACUACUCUCCUUGUCAGGCCCCAAUCACCUCCGAGAGCAGCCAGUCAGCUCACAGGUUCCUCCAGGCCGUGUUUCAGAAGAAAGAUGUGCCCCUGGCCUGUGAUUCCAACAUACCUCUGAUUGCCCAGGAGCUGAUGAGGAAGAUGAUACAUCAGUUUGCGCUGGAGUACGCGUCCAAGUGCGUACUCCACACUAACGCCAAUGGUGUCACGAGGACCUCGUCGCCUGCGUCAGAAACGUCAGAUGCUCCUCUGGACCUCACAGUAAGCCGAGCACAGGACGAGAAAGAGAGUGAACCUGGACCAGAUGGCGUGCUGGACCUCUCCAACCGUAACCCGGCCUGCUCCGCAACGUCCUCCUCCUCCUCAUCAUCUAAUCACAAAGCAUCAGGCUCCUUGCUGCCAUUGUUGACAGAAGAUCUGGGACUACGAGGGACUAGGUUUCGUCAGAGUUCGGCGUUGGCUGCUGUUCUCAGUUCUCUCUGCCUGACCCACCAAUCCUUACUCUACCAGAUCCUGAAGCUGGCACACCAGGAAAUGUCGCUGUCAUUCGUUAACCACAGACCAGUUGGUCAGACUGAAUGUCACUGUGAUGUUAAGCCACAGAAUAACAUUACCCCUCAUUCUUUUGCAUUUAGUGAAUUUAAAGACCAAAACCGCAGCUUGUGCUUAACUUUAAGCGAUUGUGAUCAUCAAAGUAAUGGCAGUGCAGUGUACCAUCCAGAAGACUCCAAGUCCAGUUGUAGUAUCCAUCACCACAAAGACUGUAACAGGGAAGGUCAGCAUGGUUCAAGCUACUGCUGUGUGCAGAAAUGCAGGAUGGAAACAUACACGGUUUUGUGCUCCAAGAGCCUGCACUGCAUGUCCUGCCAACGCCUGACUACAAGUUGUAUGAACAACAGAGCAAGUUCAUUUGCAUCCUCUCAUCCUUUAUCUCAAUCUCAUUCACUUUGCACUCCCUCCUCUGGUUUAUGCAUUUCCUCAUCAAUUUGUUGUAACCAACACAACUGCCACGCUUGUCCCAAACUUCCGAACCACACCUGUCUGACACAUGCCAGGCAUACAAGGGAAAAAGGUGCUGGAGAUGGGGAUCCUCCUUGUCCAGUCCUCAACAGAGAGCAGAGCCCUUCUCCACCCCCUCUCUCCCCUAUCCCCUCAGACAUCAGUAAGAAAACUGAUGAAAAACCACCUUUUCUCCUCUGUCACAGACAAGAGGAAGAAAUUGAAGUAAUUGUUAAAAGUGGUCCUGUGAGUCCAAGCCUCCAGGAAGCAGAUGUGGAGACAGCUACAGCACAUGAGCUAUACUCUAAAUCCCCAGAAAGUGGUCAGACUGAACAAAACCCAAGUGGGACUUUACUGCAAGUUGUUAUGAAUCGCUUCAGUGAGAAACUGGAGACAAUCAGACCUCUGGACAAGGACCCAACUCUGGUUUCUACAACCAUUUAUGUUUCUGAAAAGGAGCAACUGCCUUCUCCCUCAACCAGCCAGAACCAGUUACAUGGUGAUGCCCAUCUGACUGAAAUCAUCACGACUGUGCUUCACACAGGCAGUGCCAGUGACUACAGUCUCAGUGAGCUAUUCAAGCGCCAUGAUAAUGGAACUAAGUCACCUAAAACCCGCCUCCGUUGUCGCCAGGAGGUCCUUGCUGCUUUAGCAACGCCCGCUGAUGAUGCUUCAACUAGAAGGCAUACCCGACAAAUUAAACGGGAGCUUGCCAUGUUGGAUCAGUCCUGCAAUAAGAGAAAAGUGCCACCAGCAAAGAAGGCGAGACUGAAAGAUGACAAUGUCACUAUAACUACAUCAUGCACUAAGUCAGACCAACUUAAAAAUGUGUCUACAAGAGAUACUGAGGAUGGUGUAGAGAGUCAUAGUAUUAGUGAGGGAUCGCUGAACAUGCUUUGUGGAGAAAGUAGUAAAGUAGUGAAAGAAGAGAUGCAGACUGCAGCAGUAACAGAAGAAGUUCAGAUAAUUAAAGAAAGAGAAGAGAAAGAAAAGGAAAUAUCCAGGGAUGAAAACAGUUUCUCUCUCUCAGGAACUAUAGUACACACUUUUAACCUAGAGAGCAAACAUGGCGAGCAAGUCUCAAGUAGUGAUGCUGUCCUAAAUCAGGACAUAACAGGAACCGUGACCUCAGUAAAAUCAUGUGGUGGGCCUUGUGAGGAAAUUGGUGAGUGUAACGGUUCUGAACAUGGUAGCCAUGAAGAAGCCCCAUCAGGUCAAAGCACUAACACUGACACACCGGGUAAAGAUUUCCAUGGUAAAGACACACAGAUAUGUCAAUCGAAUCACUUCGAGGUGGUAAGAAGAUCCAGAAGAACAAUAGUCCCUCCACAGCGGUUCUCCUCCUAUGUCACAGAAUCCAGAAUAUCCAAGAUGUUUGUUGAAUGUUUCGCUAACAAAAUAUUUAACCAUGGAGCACUGAAGGACACAGAUUUGACAGCGAGCACCUUGCAUGCCUUAUCCAAAGAUCCAGAUGCAAAAGACAGUCAGCUUGAAUCAGAAAAAGAAGUGUCCUCAGAGGAGCACACUGGGAAGCUAAUCUUUGCAUCAACACAAAACAAGCAAUGUGAACCAUCCUGCACUCGGUCAAAAAAUCAACGCCAGGUUGUUCCACAAACGCUGGCUGCCAAAAAGAAUAGUCCUAAAAAACAACACAACUCUGACAACCGGACAGAUGACAAUGACUGUGCUGCCAUGCUUUCUGGAAGGCUACGAUCAUCUCCAAAAAGACUACAGCUCUCAAGACUGCACCAAAACCCAUCAAGUAUCAAGUCUGCUACAUGUGUUGAGAGCCCUCCCAGCACCCUGUACACUAGUCCAAUUAAGCUGAUGUUUUUUUCACCAGUAAAGGAUAAGAAAGGAGUCAAAUACAGUCUGAAGUCAGCAGGUUCUGGCUCUGGCACACAAGGAGGAGAAUCUUUUGACCCUUGUGAAGAGUCUUCAUGGUCAGGGACACCUGAGAAGCACAAAACCCAGAGCAGUGAGUCUGCAACAUCACAAGUAAAAUCUGUUCUUUCACCACGAAAAACUGCUACCUCACGGGAGGAACAAUCUGCUUCCUCGCCUGCUAAGUCUACUUCCUCGCCUGCUAAGUCUACUUCCUCGCCUGCUAAGUCCACUUCCUCCCCUGCUAAGUCCACUUCCUCGCCUGCUAAGUCCACUUCCUCGCCUGCUAAGUCCACUUCCUCGCCUGCUAAGUCCACUUCCUCACCUGCUAAGUCCACUUCCUCACCUGCUAAACCAGCUUCCCCGCUUGCCAAGCCAGCUUCCUCACCUGCCAAGUCUGCUUCCUCACCUGCCAAGUCUGCUUCCUCACCUGCCAGGUCUGCUUCCUCACCUGCCAAGUCUGCUUCCUCGCCUGCCAAGUCUGCUUGUUCAACACCCAGGUCAACUGCCAAGUCACCCUGUUCACCAUCUAAGUGUGCCUCUUCACCCAGGUCAACUUCCUCAUCACCUAAAAAUGGGUCAAGAAGAUCAGGUGAGGUUACUCCAAAUAAACGUGUAGCUGCAACUGGGAUCCAGGGAUCACCAUGUUUCCUUGAAACCACUCCUCCAAAAAGGCGUCCAGGCCGGCCAAAGAAGCUGGGACCCCAGCUGGAGCAAAAAGCUAAGAGGCCAAUAGGCCGACCUCGUAAGCUGAAGUCUGUGGAUUUAGUAACGGGGGCAAAAACUCUAAAUGGAAAAUGUCCUUUGGCGUCUGAUGCUGAGGAGAACGUAAACAGGAAUCUCAAAAUAACAGUCGUGUAUGGUCGUUCAAGGAGAAACAAACGUAUGGUGUCUGAGGGCUGUGGAGAGCUGCAAACAGAAUUCAAUGAUGCUUGUCAAGCAAUGGGUCUUAAAAGUGACUUGGGCAUUUUAUUGCACAAUUCUAAGACCCGCACAAGUAGUAUCAUAACAGCUUCAGAGGAACUAAAUUUUGUCAGCCCUGCGAAAGAGCCUUCAGCUCAAUCUAGCAGUAUCAUUAAAUGUCAGAAGCGGGGUGAUCCCCUACCCUCAAGGAAGCCAGGUCGACCUGCAAAAGUUAAAAUCUCUGGAAUCUCAGUUACUGUAACUACAGUUUCUCCUCGUCAACGUAAAAUUCAAAUAAACAAAGAUAAUGGGAACUCUUCCGAAACACUAAUUCACAAGAAAGUACUACCAGAAUUGAAAUCUGCCAAAGAGCCCAGGACAAUCAGUCACCAGUUACCAAGCCAGAGUCAGAUGGAGGAGGGGAUAGAGGCAAAGGAUGAAGGUAAAGACAAACACCAAAAUCAGCCUGUAGCAGUGCGACACUCAAUGAGAGUAAGAAAACCUUCAAUCCAUUUUCUCCAUGCUGUUGCCACCUCCACUCUCAGAUCCUACAAACAUAGCAAUGCUUUGCUACGACGCUCUAAACAACUACUGCUAACCAAGGCCAACAAUGAAAGGAGGCUGGAGGAGCAACAGAGUAGUGUAGUAGCGUCAAGAGAGGAAAGACAGCUCUGUAAUCAAGAGAGGAGUAGCAUCUCUCAGAACAUGAACAGGGCAGCAGGGGUAUCUGUGGAUUCAAUCUUUACCCCAAAAAAGACGCUACGGUGGUGGGCAGCAUCAGCUGAGGAAAAGUCAAUGAACCAGGAGCUUGCCAGGCGAAUACGAGUCAUCUCUGACACCUGGGUCUCAGACACUGUGGAGAACCAAGAAAAAGAAAUGCCCCUUAAUUGUAAACAAGGCACUAAGGGCAAGAGUGCAUUUACCAAGAAGUCAAAACAUUCCUCUGUGGUGAGAACACUGUUUGAUUGUUCACCUAACAAACCGAGGUCCUGUAGCAUGCAGCAGAUCUGCUCCUGGUUUAUGCAGACCACAGAGACACAGUCUCUCGCAAUUGUCAAGAAGGCAAGCUCUCGUAGUCCUAGUGAACUUCUACUCUUCCCUCGUUCCGCCAAUAAAAAAACCGUUUGUCCCAGUCCUCAGGCAGAGCGACUCCGCAAACACAUCAAAAAAUUUGCCAAAACUGUGCCAAAAAGUCCUUUGCAACAUCAAAGACUGUUGAGGAAGAGGAAUAGGGCAUGUCUGCCAACACAUAUUAGGCGACAACUUUUUACUUCCAGCUUUGUUAUGGACACAUUCAGUCGCCAAGUCCAGCGGUUGAGUGGUAGAGCAUCCAGUAAAUACCAGGACAUUCUGGUUAGAGCCAGGACAAGGUUUUUUACUCGGAAAGAAAGGGAGAGAUGGCUAAAGAGGCAGAGAAAUAGGAAACCCAUAAACAUUUCAAAAAGUUGCUCAAAUGGACAUGUAGUAACUGGACUAAAACUAAAACACAAAGCAUUUCGGAGAUGUGCAAAAGCUGGGUUCUCUGGCUGUUUGGAGAACGGUUCUACCACCAGUGGUCUUGACCAAACUUGGGAGCCUGUGGAUCUACACAAAGAGCAGAACCUCUGCUCUAAAGCCUGGAGUCCUGAGAGCCUGAAGGAGUGCCGAGUGUUUCUGAGGAAGAUCAACUCUCCAGACAACGAAUCAGCUGAGGAGGAGUGGGACUCCUGCACUGUGACACUGGAUGAUGGGUCACCUUCUGCUUUCCUCUUUUCGGGAAGGGAGAAGGAACUGGUAGGAGUUGUUAAAGCUGUGAAAACGGAACGGAAAAGGAGCAUGAACAGGAGGACUGCCUCGAGAGAGCGGGCAGGUCCUCAACCAAAACCAGUCCAGGAGCAUGAUGCAAUGCCAGCGGGGAGGCAGAAAGGCAAAUACAAAAGUCCCGGGGUCUCUUCUGAACCACCACAACCACCACCAGCGAAAAUGUUGAGACAAUCGCGAAUGAAGCGCCUAACUGGCCCAAGAUGGUGCGACUUUGUGUUGGAAAACUAAAUGAAGCAUGAGGACUCCUCAUCCUGGGAAAUGGACUGUGGUUUAACGUGGUGCCUUUGGACAGUAAGCUGACCACACGGACUGACCAUCCCACUCAUGGUUCAGUCUUAACACUCAGCAGUUAUGUAGCAGUCUAACUUAAAAGCUUGAUGUUGCACUAUUUUUAUCCAUGGGUAUGUAUGUACAGACUUUUUUUGUUUUUGUGGAUGAGGGGGUUCAACUUGCCUUUGUAUUUCUGAACGUGUAUGGUAGAACAAAUCAUUGCAUUAAGGAGAGUUUUAGCGGGAUACGUGCUUGUAGUGAGCCCUGGUAGAAAAUUGGAAAGACAGACGAAUCUGGACUGGACUAAGACGGUGGCGCCUCCCCCUGAAACAUACCUCAUUAUCGAGGCCAACAUCUCUGCCGGAAAAUGACCUAUUACUGUAGCGCUUUACCUGAAACCAGUAAAAGGUUUUAAUACCCUAGCUCUUAAGUCCAACAUAUCUUUUUUUUUUUUAUUUAUAGCAACUCUUACUUGAGCACUGUCUAAAUUUUAAAUUGCUAAUUUAAUAAUUUCUAUUAUAGGUUUGGUUUAAGUAAUAUUGAAAUUUAAUUUUAAGCAUUUUCUCAAUCCGAGCCUUUUUAAUUUUUCUUAGCAAUAUUGUUUUGAUGCUUCAGUCCUUGUUUUUUUGUAUUGCAAACAAAAAAACAUCAACCGGCUUCUAAUGAAGGAAUCUUUUGGAUCAGCUAACCCCAUCUUCACUCCCGUUGCUGUCCCAACUUUAAAAAUGUUUCGUGAACCACAGUAAUUGACCAUCAGUCUGUACUAAAACCAAUAUUAUUUUGAUUUUUAAUAUUUACCAGUUACCAGUUACUUCAUAUUCAGUUCCAUCGCCCCCAUCCCCCCAAAUGCAGAGGUGUAUGUGAAGUGAUGCAGAAGAUAGCAUUAUGCAGUCAUAGAACGUAGAUUCAGAUUAAUUAGUUGGUUUGUGGGAUCUGUCUAGUUUCAAUUCUAUAAUCUUUAUGUUUGUAUUUUUCACCCAAAACAUAUAUUAUAUGUCAGUGUCAGAUCUACUUCUUGCACUAUUCCAUUUGAGAUUAUUAAUCCCACUACACAGAUGAUUCCUCCCAUAUUUUGCACAUCCCAUGCCCCCACUACCACCCCCUACUGUAAAACUAGAGAAUCUGUUUGGUGCAAUACAAACCCAGAUGAUUUAUCAGUAUGUAGUUAUUAUUUUAUUGCUUGACAGACGAAUGGAUGUACACAAGUACCAAUGGCCUGGGAUGUUACUUCAGUUGUUUCCAUAGCCAUGUAAUGUGAUCUUAAAUGAUACUGCUAUACAAACUGUUCCCCCACCUGCUUUGUUCUCCUCAAUGAAGCAGAAAAAUAACACAUUUGUUACAAUAGCAUUUCAUUUUUUUUUUUUUUUUUAAUCAUAAAUGUAAAAGCAUUAAUCACUGGUGGGUGAUGUGUUGCUGUUUUCUGGAGUUUCCUUUUUAAGUUUCACCAGGAGACGCCUACCUCCACUGGUGCUCAGCUAGGCCUACUGCUCUUUUGCUUUCUUUCAGCUGUGUGAUAGACAGGGCCAGAGAGUUCAAUCGAUAAACACUAAUCUUGGAUCAGCAUCAUGUUUUCUUGUCAUCUGUCCAGAGGGCCGAGGUGUCCGGCUGUAGGUCAAAACUUAACCGUGUAGUGUGUUUUGUGCCUGACUACCUUGUAUGUGCGUCACUAUGGUUGCCAUGUCAACAGGAGGGAGGCGGGUUGGCUCGUCUUGUGAUUAAUAACCAUCAGCCCUUUGUUGGAGAACCUGGUGCUAAACAUCUGUUGUAUAUUUUCUGUAUUGUGUUUUUAUACUGUUGGUCGCAGAUGCAACAGACAGGUGUCUGUGACUAGAACAAUAAAGACUCUUUUGAAAUAA